AUGAGCUCCCAUACCGAGUCUCCUGACUUUCUCGAUCCGGCGAUCUCUAGUGCCAGUUCCAGUCGGAGGGUGAACACGUCCAUCAGGCCGCGUAACAGACGAUUGAUAACGGUGAAUGAUGAUGAGGAGGACGAUCGAUCCCGGACCUGGAGCUCUCGGCUAUCCAACAUAUCAAAUGGCCUAACCCCUCCUCAAUCGCGUGGCACUACACCCUCACCUUAUGCAUCACGAAGGGGAUCGCCCCUGCCCCAAAAGCACCCCUCUCGAGCAACCGAGAGAGAAUUUGGCGACAGAUAUAGGAGUAGCGAUGACGAAUAUGGGGUUGGAAAUUCCUCGAGGGCAUACAACACAUCACAUAGUUCAGCAGGCUUUUUGGAAUCGUCAUGGUCCUCUAUUCAGAGUUUAGCAUCAUCAGUGUUAGGGAAUGAAAUUUCUUGGGGUAAACCGCCGUCUUCUUCCACGUCGAAUGCGAAAAGGCGCAAACCUUCAAGUUCCGAUAUUCUCUUUCAUCUACCGAAACCGAGUGGGCCAACGUCAUGGGGUCCUUCAACUCCUUCAACCUCACAUAUUGGGACUGGGACAAUGGAAGAAAGACAAGCUCUGGUGCAAGCAAAGAAAAGAGAAGUAUUGCUUCUCGCCAAUGGUGACUCUGUAUCAGAUCUCAAGGGUCGUUACAAGCGAAAGGAUUCAAUGGACAGGGGAGACACCAAUACAACAGAAGCGGAGCAAAACGAAGAGGCGUUAGUUUAUAUUCACCCCGUUCAACCAAGCGAUACGAUGACCGGAAUUUCAAUUAAGUAUGGCUGUCAGCUUGCGAUCUUUAGGAAGGCAAACGGGUUCUGGCCAAGUGACAGCAUACAAGCCAGAAAGAUCGUGCUUUUACCGGCUGAGGCCUGCUCCGUCAAAGGACGAAGAAUAAACAAAACACAGAAUCUAGAUCUUUUGGGAGACGAACCACCCGGGAGACUUUCGAUUGAAGAUCCUAAUGGAAGCUCUAUUGCACCUGUCGACUCGCAACUGCAGGAAGACAGUGGAAACGCCGCAGAAGGUGAACAGACGUGGAAGCACGAAGCAUGGGUUCAAAUGGAGGGUUUUACAGGUCCUGUGGAAAUUGGCCGUGUGCUUCGUAAAUCGUUAGGAUUUUUCCCACGCUCCCGACGAAGAUCGAUUUCUGUCCCGUAUUCCGAUAUUGAGCCUUCAAGCCCACCAUCCGAGUUCUUGACAACGAUCAGACAGGCGGAUGUUCCGACAAUUAGCCGACGUGACAGCUCUCCACAACGAUUUAACCCAUCACCACGCUUAACAUCAGCUACCAAUUCCCCAGCCACUAGCAUUCGAACACAUCACAAACGCUCUGGCAGCAUAACAUUGUCUGGUCCACGAGGCGUAGGAACGCUUGGACGUGACGUGCACGCCCCAGGUCCGGCGCCGGAUGGACUGAACAAAUUCUUCUCACAGCACCUUCCUCAUCUCACCGCACCUCCUCCACCAAUCCCCACGUCACGAAAAGCCUCUUUCGAUUCCACGUCGAGCGUGCCUUCAUCCGCAUCAUAUUCCGGUCUCGAGAACGUCGGCGGAGCAAUCGAAGGAUGGAUGAGAAAAGUAGCUAUUCGCGCAAAGUCCGGCCUGAGCGAAUUACAGCAAGGAUCGCAGACAACGCACGGCCAAACCCUCGGCAUUAGCGGGAUGGGCGACUUGAUUGAGUUGGACGACGGGCUUGAAGGAACAACGCCUCCAUUGAACAGUCGUAUCGGUCCACAAGAUUUUAUUCGUGCCCAAAACCAGCAAACCGCGCUCGGUAGGUCGCAAUACGAGCGCUUCUCAAGUUCAUCAGCCGCGACGAACAGGGCUCGGUCCGGAGCUCGUGCCAUUGACGAUCCGCAUAAAAACGACUGA